AUGGCCUCCGACACUCCUAGGAAACCCUCCGCUAUUGACGUCUCGCGCGCAUCCAUGGAGUCGCCUCCAGGCAUUGCGGCCUUGUUCGUCAUCCGCUUCGACAUCAGGACCGGGUAUGUGGUCUCAUGGAAAAGAACUGCGCCAGGUGUUGAGGUGGAAGGGGUGGUGGAAUACAAGUCGCUUCCUUCUGGACUACACAAUGUGCAUGAGGACUUGAUUUACUUCGUUCACGACGAGUAUGCUGGAGUCAGCGCGUUCCUUAACCAGCCCGCCGAGGAAGCAGAGCGCAAUGCCAAAAUGUUCGCGAUUGGCGUUCUAGUCCCCCUCAGCUCGGGGAGACUUGGAAAGAGCUGGAGACAUGCCCCAAAACUCAAGGAGUUGACGCAGAAAUACGCGACGGAUAUGUCUGAUAUGCAAGCAUUGUCUGAUUACUGGGACUCAUUCCGAAUUGGAGGUCCUGAGUCUUCUGCGCCGGAUUCGCCGAUUGACUCGCCCCUUAGCCUCCGAUUCCGACCAGGCGAGCACCGUAACCGUGCCUUCAGCGACGCGAUGGUAUUGGAAAACUCUAGGCCGGCCCUGACUCCUUUCCAUCCCGCCUCAUCUCUUCCUGAUUUCAUCGAAUCCUUCGGACCCUUGAUAUUCCCCCUAUACCGAGCCGCUCUCUUACGCAAGCGCAUCCUCAUCAUGGCAGAAGCACCAGUGCACACACCAUUCUAUGACUUAUCCUUAUUGGCAUCUCUCCCAAAUUCUCUCCUGCAAGUCCUCCCCUCGGACCACAUUCCGCCACUACGACCCCGCCCCCUCUUCAAUAUCGGCAUUCAUGACAUCCCUGAUCUUGCCUCUUUUGAUCCGUCACGGGUGACCAUGGAUCCUGAGAAAGAUCCCAGCUGGAUCGCUUGCUCAACAGACAGCGUCCUGAGCAUGAAGCCUGAUCUCUACGAUAUCCUCAUUACUCUCCCUCCAUCAUACUCUCAGCAUGCCAAUGAGCGUGUCUUCCCCACAAUCAAUCUGGUGGACCGUUCUAGCACCAAACAUAACGCGAAUCAAACUGUCAGUUUGAAAGCAACACAGCGCGACGCACGCCGAUAUGCUAUGCUUCGCAGGGGUCUCCGACAGUUCUCGCAUGACCGUUCAACCUCCCCAGACACGGCGGAAUCUGACGCAGACUCAACCUAUUCAUCUAGCCCGGUCGUGGAGCCACUCUCGUGGACCCGCCUCGCCUACACUUCUUUCAUCUGGUGGGCUUCGGCGGGCGAAAAUCGUGACGGCCUAUCUGAGGAAGAGGAAGAACAUCAAAUCGAACAAGACGCUAGGCUUCUGGCAAGCGUGGAAAGUCUUGCAUACCCUUCUACAAACACAGUCCGCCGCUCAAUGUAUUCCGAAGACCAUGGCCAGGAGCCCCCAGAAGUCGCGCUGGUAGCGUACUUCCGCCGUCUCACCUCACAAAUCUUUUUCACUCUUGCUGGAGCUAUUGAUCGACACGACAGUGACGGCCGGGGUGGGAAUGACUCGGGUGAUUCAUACACCGACACGCCAUACCUUGAUGACAUGACGAACGAAGAUACAGACUUGUCACUAUCCAUGUCGCGGCAAUCGAUUAGCGGCGACGAUGGAAAUACGCCACUCCUGCGACAAAGAUCACAUGCAAGCCACAACGACCGCAGAUCAGUAUGCGAAAAUCAUGACGCAGAUGACCCAAUCACCAUCACAAUUGCCGACAUGGCAGAGAUGGGUCUCGAUGUGUGGAGUGCCACAGAUCGGAUUUUCGUCGAGGAGCUGGUAUCUUUGUGGUGGGGACGCUCUGCAUAUGUCGAUAGCGCCCGUAUCCGGUGCUGCGGCAUUUCAAUCUUGUAA